GCGUCGAACGAAGUGGAGCCGAGCCCGCCCUCGCGGAAGGGCAGCCCCCCCAACAGCGGCGGGCGGCGGCCGAACAGCGGCGGGCGGCGGCCGGGCACCAAGGGCGGCAAGGGCUCCAAGCGCAACCGCCCGCGCAACCGCACCUCCACCACCUCCACCUCCACCUCCACCUCCACUACCACCACCACCACCACGACCACCAGCAGCACGGCGCGCCCGCCCCGCACGCCCUACACCACGCCCUCCUACACCACCCCCGAGCCGCCCACCACGCCGGACCCCGGCAGCGACUUCAAGUGUAAAGACGAGGGCUUCUUCCCCCACCCACGUGACUGCAAGAAAUAUUUCUGGUGUCUUGAUUCAGGACCGUCAAAUCUUGGAAUCGUGGCGCAUCAGUUUACUUGUCCUUCUGGUCUGUAUAUUAAAAGACAAGUU